AGAACUUUCCUGAUUCAAACGCUAAUUUCUGCCUGACAUAGAAUUCAAUGCAAUUUAAUAUCGGGUUUCCUGGCAAGCGGAGGUGGAGAGGAAGGCGUGCUCGAGACCGUGCACUGUUUGCGCGUGUAAGUUCUGUGUGUGGAUACUGAAAUCUAAAGAAUUACAAGGGAAAUUAAAUGAACGUGUAGGCCCUACGAGCGAUCCAACUAUAACCAGAUGUAAAGAUGUGAGUGUGGUCUGAGGCAGCUGUGUUCCCAUGCUCCAGACCCCCACCCCAGCACCACACUAGAAUGUACUUGAUGAACUUGCCUCCAGUCGCGGCAUUGCACACAGAAUGGAGGUCAUUGUGCGGCGUUCUGCCCAGAGGCUUUAGCGGUCUGCCCCUGUGCUUCAAUGAGUCUGACAGUGACUUGUCCACCACCGGAACACCCAUCUCAGAGAAGGUCCAGAUGAUCAUAGAGAGCCUAAGGAGCACCCAGUCCUCACUCAACAUGGGCGACGAGACAAAGGGGAACCAAGUGCUAUCAGGACAACCAGUACAGGAGGCUGGAGCCCGGGGCUCCCAGGGCCAAGGCUUCAAGGCCCGGAGGGGGCCUCCUGUGGUUAUGGGACCAAAGCCCAAAUUCAGAGGCCCUCUUCCUCUCACUCACACUGAUAACUUGCUGGCACUGCCAGAAGUUUCCUAUAAUGUUGAUUCGGAGAGUUCUGACGGCGAUGACUCUGUAGAUAGAGGCAUCGAGGAGGCCAUACAGGAGUACCUGAAGGAAAAGGAUGACCACAAACGCAAGGCUGAGCCAGAGCCAGCCACUAAUAUUUUACAGCCACCCAAGAUGCCCCGGAGGGAGGCUCCUCCAACCUUUCCGGAACCUACUAAACAACAUUCCGACAGCAAUAAGGUUUUAACUGCCAGCAACCAGGUUCCGAGAAGUCUCAAAACAGAGACACACAACACACCACCACCCGUGAAAAAACGUGUAAAAAGUAAGAUACCCACCUGCAAAGAGAAUCCCUUUAAGAAACUGGACACAACAAGCAACACAGUGGUGGUAAAAAAACAGUCUUCUUUGGAACAAAAGAGAGGCCCCUACAAUUCCAACCCUCUCUCUGACAAACGGAAGUGUCCUGUACUGAAAGCAGUGAAUGUGGAGGAACACUUGUCUGACAGUGACAGCAGCAGCAGUAGUGAUGAUGGCAUCGAGGAGGCUAUUCAACGCUACCAGCAGGAGAAGAAGAAAGAGAGACAUGUAGGCAGACAGUCCUCCAAACCCCUUCUCCUCCUCAAAGAGGAGUCAGACUCCAGCAGCAGUGACGACGGAAUAGAGGAGGCUAUCUGCCACUACCAGCUGGAGAAGCAGAAAGAGAAGAGUGUACCCAAGCUCUCUCUAUCUCAACCCAAACAAAAGCAAGUGAGUAAAGUAGCGGCUCCCCUGCACUGUCCAGAGAGCACAAGCACUCAGGCAGCGGCCAUGAAAAAACGCAAACGGUCUAAAAAUAAGAAACCUGAGACUAGCGAUUUAAAAUCAUCUCCACCCUCUCAAACUCCUGGUUCCUCACUCUCUCUUAUCAAGAAGAGAUUAGCAGCUAGCAGCCCCAAAGGGAACGGCCUCCUCCUGUCGACUAAAGUGGAGCCCCUGCGAGAGUGGGAGCAAGAGCAGCACACCACCCCAGGCCCAGCCACCUUGAAGGUGAACACCAUCACCACCACCCCAGGCCCAGCCACCCUGAAGGUGAACACCAUCACCACCACCCCAGGCCCAGCCACCCUGAAGGUGAACACCAUCACCACCACCCCAGGCCCAGCCAUCCUGAAGGUGAACACCAUCACCACCACCACAGCUGAGCUGAUGUGUGCUGAGGCCAUUCUGGACAUUUCUAAAGCUGUCAUUAAAAUGCCAGAGGCCUUUAACCCUAACGUAGCAGCAGCAGGCCUUAUCAAUAUCAACAGCAGCUCCACGGAGUCCACCACCACUACUUCUCUUCUCAUCUCUACAAACUGCCCUGAUGAUGAUGAUGAUAAUAAAAGUGAUGAUGAGAGCUCCAUUGACAGUGAGGAUGGGAUCGAACAGGAAAUCCGGAAGUUUCUUGAGAAGAAAGCCCAAAUGCACAAACUGCCGCCUGGGCCCGGCUCAGCAGUUGGUACUACAAGCCCGGAUGGAACCAACAAAACAACAGAACCAGAGAAAAACGCCAAACUGAGUCCGGCCCAGAAGAAAACACUGAGGCUGUCUGUGACGCAGAAAAGAAAACGCAAAGCAGAAGGUGGCAGCAGGAGGGGUUCCAAGGAAGAAGGAGAGACUGAUCUCAAAAUGAAAGAAGAGGCAGUCCCAAAGCAUUUGACCAAGCAUGACCAAGGGUCAAGGUCAUCCAUUUCCUCCCUGAAAAAAGCCCCACUGAAAUCAGUGAGGGACUCAGAGAGGAGGAGGGAACAGGGUGGCGACAAGAGUAGCUCACUGGACAGUGACGAAGACCUGGACAAUGCAAUAAAAGACUUGCUCAAGACUAAGAAGAAGUUGAAAAAGAAGACUAGAGAUAUAAAGUUGAAGUCAAGGAAGGGCCUUGAGGAUGAGGAGCUUUUGUGUAGAAAAACAUCACACUUAAAAAAGCAUGAGCCCAAGACCACCAGCCUUUUGAAAACUAGCUUUAAAGUCACUACUACUACCGCCCAGAGUCAGAACAACAACAGAAAAAAAGGCACAUUUAGUAAGAAUGCGUCACAGUAUCCACAGAGCAAUGAGAAGAAAGAGCCACUCAACCAGGCAGAUGAGAUGGACCGAUCUCAAGGGAACAGGGAUGUAGAAGUCUUGUCAAGAGAGAAUAACCCAGUCGUGGUUCAGAUCAAGGAAGAUAGCAGUUCAGUGGACAGCGACGACAGUAUCGAACAGGAGAUCAGAAAGUUCCUGGCGGAAAAGGCCAAGGUUUCUACUACCACAGUGAAAACAGAUGAUAGAGAGGAGAUCGGGAACGGCAAGGGCAAAACUAAAUCGGAAAAUCAGCUGGCUGAAAAUCCAAGGAUAGACGUUACUCAAUUCUCUGACCUGCCUCGUCAGAGCAGUCGUGAGCAGAGAGGAGUUCCGGACAGCAGAAUCUUUCCAAACACACCCCCUGUCCAGCCAGUGCCAGGAAACCCCAACCCCACCCUAGAAACAGCCAGGGGGUCAUGCCUCCUCUCAGCCCUCACCCCCAGCUCGUAUCCUCCAGCUCUGGAGCCUGUUGAUGGUGCUGUGUCUGGGGCUGCCAGAGCAGAGAAGAGGAGGAGAUCUAGUUCAGAUUCAGGAAGCGUUGAUACCCACCAAAGUGCCAACUCUGAGAUGGCAAGGGAUCACAGCUACAGGUCAUUACCCAGCACCAGCUACCCCUUGCCCAGGACUGACUCGGAGCCGUGGCGUAAGAGCCAAGCGAUCCCCACCACUGAGACAAAAGAGAAGAUCCAUAACCGGAACCCAUUCCAGUACAGCUCACCUAGUUUCGGUGAGAAGACAGCCACCGCUCCAGCGUAUCAGUGUGGAGUACCAGCCAGUAUCUAUCCCCAUAGGAGGAGUAUUGCACCUGCACCUGCACCGGAUACACCUGUCUCCACCCGUCCUGCUGCUGUACGGACUGGGAGCAGCAUCAGAUCACCACUGGUUCCUUUCCACCGCCCCUCAUCCUCAGAGACCACAUCUACGUCGGCUGCUGUCUUCAGCUCCCCGUUCCCCAGCCUGACCAGGAGACCUACGGAGAUGGGACCAUCAGGGGGGUACUUCCUUCAGGGUCAUGGGUCCGGGUCAGGCAGCCGCUGGGGUCAAUCCCCAACCCUGACCCCGGGGCUGUCGGAGAGCAGCGUGGUACACGUGGCCAAGGACCAGACAAUGUUUGUCGAACUGUCCACGAACAAGACCAACCAUGUACAGGUCAGAAGCAGGGAGGUGAAGGUGAGCGAGGGAAAGGAGGAAAGGAGGAGAGACUUGCCAGCAGGAGAGAGUGAGAGAGAAAGGCAGAGCAGGAAGACAGAGGAGAGAGGAGAAGAGCAGAUAGGAAGACGAGGAGAGGAGGAGUGUGUAGAUGAGACCGAUGUCAGCGAGUCAGAUGAGAGGACGAGCCCAGAGAAGAAGCAGGGCUUUCCCACUUUGUCUCUGUCCAGCUCUAUUGACCCUGGUAUCACCCUCAGCCCUUACAUAGCAUUGAACACAGAGGAAAGGAGCAAGAGGUUCAGAUGGAUGUAUAAGGCAUUUGCUGUAAAUCAGCCAAAGAAGACCAAGAUUGAGAAACCUGUGAAGAGAAAGCUCCAAUUUCUACCUCUAUCCAGGUACAUUUUGUCAGUCAAACCUUGUCAUAUUUAACCUACUUGAUAACACAAUACAUAGAUAACACAUAGAUAAAUAGAGUAGGCACUGCCAUGAUUCAAUUAGAAGACAAGGAGGGUUCAUUGAGUGUAAUGAAUUAUUUUGCUUUACAGGAUAAAUAAAUCAACUGGGAAGUAAAGUGCAGAAACACAGAUGUUUUUUUUUACAAGAAUAUCUUUCAAGAUUUCUUAUCAGACAUUUAAAUGAGUAUAUGCAUUUUUACAUUUACAUUUUACUCAUUUAGCAGAUGCUUUUAUCCAAAGCGACUUACAGUCAUGUGGAUGAAAACUGGUCAAGAGGGUUUGUCUGUUGUAUGUGAAUUGUUUGAUUCUGAAUUAUGUUGGUUAUGUUGAAAUUGCAUUUUGUUGUUAUUGUUCAACAAUGUUAGAAUUUUUUAUAUUUGUUUAAUAUUUGGAUAAACUUAUUUUUUUAUUAGGCUAUGGGUUCUCAAUAGUCAAAUUGAGAGUUGUUGAAGAAUAUUUUCAAUUUCAAUACAUUUUAUAGAUUGACUUCUACAUCACAUUCAUAUUAAUGUUAAAAUAUAAGUUAUUGAUACUUUUGAAAAAACACAGUUAUGAAAUCAACAUAUCCAAAAAAUCCAGAUGUUACAGUAUUUGGCUGGAAUUUGACAAUAAAUAAUGUAGGCUACCAGAGAGUACAGUAUGGUUUGUAACUGUGGUAUUACAAUUCAAUAAAGUUUUUGAAUAAG